AUGCUUCAUGAUCCCAAAUGCCGAUUUGACUACCCACUUGCCCCGAUCAGACUCCACCAUGUAGAUCUUUUUGGCCACCAUGCAGAUCUUUUCAGCCUCAAUUGGCCCUCCAGGACUCCCCCUACAAAUACUAAGCUCAAGACUACAUUCAAAAGGUCCAACACCAAACCAAAAGGUCCAACACCAAUCCAAUCCUUCCUUGGUAAGGUCAACUUUUUAAGACGGUUCAUAUCCAAUUUGGCAGGGAAAAUCCGGCCGUUGACUCCUCUUCUAAAACUGAAGGACGCGGAGCAGUUCAUGUGGGGGGCAGAACAUCAAGCGGCCCUCGACGACAUCAAGAAAUAUUUAUCUCAACCACCGGUCCUUGUGCCCCCAAAAAGAGGGAAACCCUUGAGGCUUUACAUUUCGGCUUCAGAGGGCUCUAUCGGUUGUCUGCUGGCUCAGAACAACGAGUCUGAAUGA